UGUUGUAUUUCCUCUCUCUCUCCCUCUUUCUCUCUUACUCUCGCUCUCUCCUGCUCUCUCUCACUCUGUCUCCCGUACUCCCUCAUUCUCUCUCCCGUGCUUCCUCACUCUCUCUCCCGUUCUCCCCCGCUCUCUCUCGCUCUCUGUAUCUCUCUCGGCCCGUCUCACUCUCCUUGUUUCUCUCUCCCUCUCUCUCCCUCUCUCUCUCCCCCCCUCGGUCUCAGUCAUUCAUUAAUCUCUUGCCCCCUCCCCCCCUCCGUCCUUCCUCUCUCAUUCAGCCUCAGUAGUGUGCUGUCGUCUUCCAAGGUCGGACUCUGGAUACUGCCACACAAGACAGGAAUAGCAGGUGCACUGCAGAAGCCUGCCGAUGCUGUGCGAUUUGUGCCGGCGUGUGCUCUUGCCUGUGCAUGUGUGUGUGAGAGAGUAAGAUUACUGAGCGCAUCUGAGCGAUAGACAGCGUGAGAGAGAGAGAGAGAGAGAGAGAGAGAGAGAGAGAGAGAGAGAGAGAGAGCGAGCGAGCGAAAGAUAGACAGAGAGAGAGACAAAGCGAGAUGGGUGCAUGCAUGCGCGUGUGGCCACAGAAGGAGACUCCGGUGCGUUCCAAGUAGGGCUGUGCAGCGCUGCACACGAUCAGGCUUUGUCUUUUAUCUUCUGAACCGUUUUUGCCGCUGCCGGCUGCAAGGAUCCGCGCGGGAGCGGGCAUUACUAAGCCACCAAGGCAAGGCUCCUGCACAGGACUUCACAGUGAAAGCGCACCGAACUGGGACUCUGUGCCUCUCCUUAACCCCUUUCUCCGCUCCUGUGCCUCCGGCUCCAGCUCUCUGCGCACGGCAGCUCUGGAGGAUGUAACAAAGAGGCUUGGGCUUUUUUAAAACUUGAAGGAGAUGCCCGAGGAGUGCCGUGCUCUCUGAGGCUGUAGAGAGUAACGACAUGCUCUGAGAUCUCUCCCGUCUGUCUCCCUGUCUCUCCUCUCCUGCCGGCCGGCUUCCCGCCCGCCCGCAGAGUCCUGGCUCCAACAUGUCCUUGGCGUUCUGCGGGGUCGAGAACAACUCGUUUGCGUACAACGUGGACGGAGGUGUCCUGAACAACGGCUGCUUCCUGGACGCGCUCAAUGUGGUGCCUCACGUCUUCGUCCUCUUCAUCACCUUCCCCAUCCUCUUCAUCGGCUGGGGCAGCCAGAGCUCCAAGGUCCACAUCCACCACAGCACCUGGCUGCACUUCCCCGGCCACAACCUGCGCUGGCUGCUGACCUUCGUGCUGCUCUUCGUCCUGGUGUGUGAGGUGGCCGAGGGCAUCGUCUCCGAUGGGUUCAGCAGCUCCCACCACCUCCACCUCUACAUGCCCGCGGCGCUGGCCUUCAUGGCCGCCAUCACCUCCAUCGUGUACUACCACAACAUCGAGACCUCCAACUUCCCCAAGCUCCUGCUAGCCCUCCUGAUCUACUGGCUGCUGGCGUUCAUCAUGAAGACCAUCAAGUUCGCCAAGUACACGGAGCACGGCGUCGGUCCUCGCCAGCUGCGCUACUGCAUUGCCGGGCUGCUGGUGCUGCUGUACGGCCUCCUGCUGGCCGUGGAGGUCAAGGUCAUCAUGGGCAGGCGCUACGUGUGCUACGCCGACCCCACGGAGGUGAAGCCCCCCGAGGACCUGCAGGACCUCGGCGUGCGCUUCCUGCAGCCCUUCGUCAACCUGCUGUCCAAGGCCACCUACUGGUGGAUGAACACCUUCAUCACCGCCGCCCACCGCCGCCCCAUCGACCUCAAGGUGAUCGGCAAGCUGCCCAUCGCCAUGAGGGCCCUCACCAACUACCUGAGGCUGCACCGCGCCUUCCAGGCCCAGACGCUGCGAGCGAGGCCCGAGGGCUCCGUCCCCCUGGGGCCCAAGCAGAUCUGGAGGGCCCUGCGGAAGGCCUUCGGGCGGCCCCUGAUCCUCAGCAUCACCUUCCGCUUCCUGGCCGACCUGCUGGGCUUCGCCGGGCCGCUCUGUAUCUCGGGCAUCGUGCACCACGUCAGCAAGGACAACCGCUCCAUCCAGCCCACGAUGAGUCACAUGGGGAUCCACUUCAUCUCGUCCCAGGAGUUCCUGGAGAACGCCUAUGUUCUGGCCGUGCUGCUGUUCUCUGCCCUGCUCCUCCAGAGGACCUUCCUCCAGGCCUCCUACUACGUGGCCAUCGAGACCGGCAUCAACCUGCGAGGGGCCAUACAGACCAAGAUCUACAACAAGAUCCUGCGCCUGUGCACCUCCAACAUGUCCAUGGGGGAGCUCACCGUGGCCCAGAUCUGCAGCCUGGUGGCCAUCGACACCAACCAGCUCAUGUGGUUCUUCUUCCUCUGCCCCAACCUGUGGGCCAUGCCCUUCCAGAUCAUCGUGGGCGUGAUCCUGCUCUACUACCUCUUGGGGAUCAGUGCGUUGAUCGGCGCCACGGUCAUCGCCGUGUUGGCUCCCGUCCAGUACUUUGUGGCCACCAAACUUUCCCAAGCCCAGAAGAGCACUCUGGACUACUCCAGCGAGCGUCUGAAGAAGACCAACGAGCUGCUGCGCGGCAUCAAGCUGCUGAAGCUCUACGCCUGGGAGAACAUCUUCUGUGACAGCGUGGAGGAGACCCGCGGCAAGGAGCUGAGCAGCCUGAAGGCCUUCGCCCUGUACACCUCCGUCUCCAGUAAGGCCGAGGGCGGCACCAUCAUGGAAACAAUCGGAAUCACCGUUAUUUUGGUCAAUGUUGAAAUUCGUGCAUACUUUACCCCCCCCCCCCCCCCCCCCCCCCCCCCCCCCCCCGGUGUGGUUCAGGUGUCCAACUACAUGAACUGGAUGGUGCGGAACCUGGCGGACAUGGAGGUGCAGCUUGGCUCGGUCAACAGGAUCAACGGUCUGCUGCAGACGGAACCCGAGAACUACGAGGGGCUGCUGACUGCGUCCCAGGUCCCUGACGGCUGGCCUCGGCACGGAGAGAUCCAGAUCCAGAAUCUGAGCGUGCGCUACGACGCCACACUCAAACCCGUCCUAAAGAACGUCAACGCACACAUCCGCCCUGGCGAGAAGGUGGGGAUUUGUGGACGGACAGGAAGCGGCAAAUCCUCCUUCUCCCUCGCUUUCUUCCGUAUGGUUGACAUGUUUGAAGGGCGGAUCCUGAUCGAUGACAUCGACAUCGCCCAGCUGCCUCUGCAGACGCUGCGCUCGCGCUUCUCCAUCAUCCUGCAGGACCCCUUCCUGUUCAGCGGGUCCAUCCGCUUCAACCUGGAUCCUGAGCUGAAGGCUACAGAUGAGAUGUUGUGGGAAGCUCUGGAAAUAGCUCAGCUGAAACCUGUUGUCAAAUGCUUACCCGGAGGCCUGGACGCCAUGGUAACGGAGGGAGGAGAGAACUUCAGCCAGGGCCAGAGGCAGCUGUUCUGCCUGGCCAGGGCCUUCGUCAGGAAGAGCAGCAUCCUCAUCAUGGACGAGGCCACCGCCUCCAUCGACAUGGCAACAGAGAGCAUCCUUCAGAAGGUGGUGAUGACGGCCUUCGCCGACCGGACGGUAGUCACAAUAGCCCAUCGCGUGCACACCAUCCUGAACGCCGACCUGGUGAUUGUGAUGAAGCGCGGGAUCAUCCUGGAGUACGACCGGCCCCACGCGCUGCUGGAGAAGGACGACAGCGUCUUCGCCUCCUUCGUACGGGCCGACAAGUAGCGGGCCGGCGGUGCUCAUACGGCGAGGACCGCCGGCGACACAGGAAGGACAACGCUCAAAGUGCAAUUCUUACCAUGGAUUAUAUAUUUAGUUUCCCCAAUUUUUUUUUAUCAUGUAUUAUAUUUGUACAUAAAAUAUUAAUUCUUUGUUAAUAAAAUAAGCUAAAUUAUCACUUUAA